AUGGGGGGGGGGGUGUGCUCCGGCUCGCUUGAGCUUCCGGAUGAAGUACAGGCAAAUUAUGAAAAAAUUCUGUGGUCUCGCUCUGUGGACAGUAACUUCUGUGUAUCAGUGCUGAUCUUCAACACCAGCUCACACUGUUUUAUCCUCGUCAAGCAGUUCCGUCCAGCUGUAUUCAUGUGUGAGUGGGAAAGGAACAAGACGCAGCCGCCUCAGUCUGCUGAAAAACCUGAAGAGGGCGCCUCCGAAGCCGCGGCCCCCGCAGCUGAACCUCAGGAGGGCCAGUCGGCGGCGGAGGGGGAGAGCUCCUCCUCCCCGUGGCCCCCGGCCGCAGCGGGGGUCACCUACGAGCUCUGCGCCGGCCUGGUGGACAAACCCAACCUUUCUCUGGAGGAGAUCGCCCGGCAGGAGGUGCUGGAGGAGUGCGGCUACGAUGUGCCUGUCGCUAAACUGAAGAGGAUUACAUCUUACAGGUCAGGUGUAGGUGUGACGGGCGCCAAGCAGACCAUGUUUUACGCCGAAGUGUCCGACGACAACUGUGUGAGCGCAGGGGGAGGUGAGCCAGGCGAGGGAGAGCUAAUCGAAGUGGUCAAAGUCCCGCUGCACGAGGCCAUGACGUUUGCCUACGACGAGCGUAUACCUAAAACCAUGGGCGUCAUUUUUAGUUUCAUCUGGUUCCAUAAUAACAUGUCUCCCAAGUACAAGAUCUCCACCAAUGUGUAACUAGUAUUAAGCAACCUUCUUUAUACCGUUCAUUCCAAAUUAAAUCAAAACACAGGCCCAGCACAUCCACUCUUCCCCUCAUCGCUCUUCAUCCUGUAUUGCCUUUUUGCUUAUUGGUACAUGAUGAAAGGUGGGCCCCUUGUCUUGUUGCCAACAAGUUUCUUCAAGUUUUGUCCUGUUUACCUUUUUUUUGUUUUAAUAUUUUUCCUAAAAACAAAUUUGCCAUAGCUGGUUGUCACUGGCACAUUUUUGUCUUCUUUAUGAAUUUUUUUGUAUCAUUUAAUUUACUGUGCCAUGUGUUUAUAAUGGCUGCAUAUCACUGAUUUAAUUUGCCUGCCCUUGAUUAAAGGAAUACUCUACUGCUUUUAGUGUAAGCUCGUGAAUGUUCCCUGCAUUUAGAAAUAGAAAACAAAUAUUUGUAAUAUUUGAUAUAAGCUGACAAAAAGCCAUUUACCAUUAAGCUUCAAACUCCAACUUGUUUCCAGCAUUCCUACAACACCCAGCAAUCAUUGCAAACUCUGUGAGGCUAAUCAACCACCUGGUUAACUAACAUUUUAGCAUGCUAAUAUUAGCAUUGGAGUUAAUGCAAAGUGUGCCAGAGGAAUUUUGGAUCAAAUAUGUCACACCAAACAGUGGAGUAUUCCUUUAAUCCAUGAUCCAGUAAUGCAAAAACUAUGCUAGUCAAUGGUGGGGCCUUGUAACGAUUGAGGUGUUUCGGUGCGUUUUAACCACCAGUUGUUCAAGCAUGCCUCAAAUAAUUUCUCUGAUUCACAGCCUUUAAGCAAUACUUAGAAAGUACCCCGGGCUAAACAAUCACUUGGUGGCACUAAAAUCAAUCUUCAUGACAUCAAACCAGUGGACAGUAUAAAGUCAAAGCGAAGAAGAAAUUGUGAUGUUUUGUUUCACGUCACAGAAAAAGCAUACACCGACCUAGCCCCACACUGAACUUCAGUAUCAUGUUUCUAAAGCACAAUGCUGCAAUGUUUUUGUUUAGUUCAAGAACACUGAUGCAUAUUUUCCCCGAGAAAAAGACACAGUGGACAUACAGUAAGGAAAACACUGUAUCAAAGCUAAAUCAAAUCUUUCUUUACAAUCAAAGUCAUUUCUAGAGAGUUCAUUGUAUUCCCAGCAUAAUAAGGUUACAUUUCAAACAUUAACGUAGGAGCAUAUUUGAAAGGACGUAAACCACCUAGAAAUCUGCCUUU